AUGCAAACCCAGCAGAGCGAGAAGGUCAACAGAGCAAUGCGUCUCAUCAACUACGAAUUCAAUGAUACCAACUGGCUCUGGGAGGCCCUCCAAGCGCCAGGAUCUGGAGUUCGAAUUGCCGGCGAUCGUCGUGUUAUCGACGGUAACAAGAUCCUGGCUCUCUUGGGAGACAAACUUAUCGGGGCCUUUGUUGUGGAACCAAUGGUCAGCCGUAAUCUCGCGGUCAGGGGCGCCAUCGACACCCAAGUUCAGCGGGCUGUCAACAAUGUCCGGCUGGCGGAAACUUUUGAUACGUUUGACUUUUCACAGUGCCUCAACGUGAAUCCAUCCCAGGGCUUGGCCAUUGGUGCUCGGACUAAGGCCGAUACAAUCGAGGCCAUCAUUGGUGCUGUUUAUAUGGAUGGCGGACUCGAUGCUGCCAGACUUGUGGCAACGCACCUCCACAUUCUUUGA